UGUGCAAGGGGGGGUGGACAGGGAGAGAGAGAGAGAAAGAGAAAGAGUGGCGCGCUGUGUCACUCGGGUUUCGCGCUGCCGGGGGGAAGAGCCGCACGCACUUGGCGCACUCCUUUUCUCAGAGUGGAAAAGGGCCAUCACUGCGAACAAGGGAAAUGGAGAUAGAAAAGGAGAUGAAGAAGGUCACCCUGGGUCACGAGAUUGGUGCUGGGGCCCCGUGUCUGAAGUGUCAGGAGAAGUGUGAAGGGUUCGAGCUGCACUUCUGGAGGAAGAUCUGCCGGAACUGUAAAUGUGGCCUGGAGGACCACGACGUGCAGCUGACCUCCGAGGAGAGCCGGAAGGUGGGCCGGCUCUUCGAGGACACCAAGUACACAAGUCUCCUGGGCAAGCUGAAGAAAGACGGCGUGCCCACCUACCGCGGCAACAUGGUCACUGUCACCAGCGUGGCUCCAGCCAAGAAGGAUGUGGGGGUCAAGUCGGUCACCUACGAGUGGGCACCGCCGGUGUCUAACCAGAGCCUGGCAGUGCGCUACAUCGAGAUGCUGCCCAAGGAAAAGCAGCCAGUCGCGGGAACUGAGGGGGCCACCUACCGCAAGCGGCAGCUGGCCAAGCAGCUCCCCGAGCACGACCAGGACCCGUCCAAGUGCCACGAGCUGUCGCCUGCCGAGGUCAAGCAGAUGCGGCAGUAUGUGAAGAAGUACAAGGAGGAGGCCCUGGGGGUGGGAGACGUGAAGCUUCCUGAAGAGGUGAUGAGUCAGGCUCAAGCUGGGGGGAUGGGCGGCCCGGGAGCAGGAGAAAGGGCAAGCGCAGUGGUGGUGCCUACGGUCGGAACCGCCGGGGGUCCAGCGGCACCAGGGGCUCAGAGCACUCCGGCAGAUGGACCAACCUAUUCGUGCCACCGCUGCCAGCAGCCGAUGGAGCGCGGGGAUCCAGCCGUGUACGCGGAGCGCGCCGGCUACGACAGCCUGUGGCACCCGGCCUGCUUCGUGUGCUGCGUCUGCUCCGAGUUGCUGGUCGACAUGAUCUACUUCUGGAAGAAGGGCCAGCCGUACUGCGGGCGCCACUACGGGGAGAGCGAGAAGCCGCGCUGCAGCGGCUGCGAUGAGCUCAUCUUCAGCAGUGAGUACACGCAGGCCGAGGGCCUCGACUGGCACCUCAAGCACUUCUGCUGCUUCGACUGCGACCGCGUGCUGGCCGGCGAGACCUACGUCAUGGAGAAGGAGAAGCCCGUGUGCAAGCCCUGCUAUAUGGAGAACCAUGCUGUGCACUGCGCAUCCUGCCAGGAGCCUGUGGACCCCGAGGCCCAGCGCGUCACCUACGGGGGGCACAGUUGGCACGCCGAGCCGCGCUGCUUCCGUUGCUCCUGCUGCUCCAAGUGCCUGGUGGGCGAGCGCUUCAUGGCCGUGCAGGACUCGCUCUUCUGCUCCGUCGAGUGCAGGAAGAAGACGACAACAACCUAGGGCGGGGAUGGCGGCGCCUCUCCCUUGUGCUGCGGCAAGGGUUCCGUGAUGCUGCGGAGGAGACGCGGAGAAGCUCGGUCAGAUCCCUCAGCCCUGUGUGCUGCUGCCUGGAGCCCCUGGUGGCUCUGGACAAAUGCACGACUUCCUGAAGGCACCUCAGUCGAUACACUCGCUUUGUACCUCCAGCAAGAUGCAAAUCUCAGAAUCUCAUGCUGCAAGAUUCCCGAUGAAGGCUCAUUCUUUUAAGCUCUGAAGUUUUUUAAAAGAAGUAUGUUUCCACAGAUUGCACUGCUGAUUUCUGGCCUCGCUGAGCCCAAAGCGAGGUGGCGUUCACCUGCCCUCCACCCGUGUGCUGUGAAGGAGCCCCGCGGUGGUGAACGAAGCUCAAACCAUGUGCUUUUUCUCCUUCUUCUGGAUGUAUUAAAAAUGCGAUCAGUUGUUUCUUUGCCAAUGAGUUUUUCUUUAUUACCUGAG